AAUUAUUGUUCUCACUCCCAGUUUCAUUUUUGACCUGGCCCAAGUUAAUUACAAUUAUGUUACCGUUCAUUUUCUUGGUGGUCGGCGUUCUUGCGCAGCGUAAGUGAAGUACAAUAUUGUACAAUGACAAAAUACCCUCUCAUUAUUUUUCACCUCCCAUGUGAACAUCUUGCUCAUCAAUCAUACGCGUACGUCAUUAAUUCUCCAAGGAAUGCGUAUUAUAUAAUAUAUCGUCGAUUUGCAGAAACGUUCGCUGAGGAGCCCGAAGCGAUCGUUGGCGGCCAGGCUGCUGCGUUAGGCGAAUUCCCGCAUCAAGUUUCCCUGAGGUAUCAGGGCAGUCACGUAUGCGGUGGUUCCAUUAUCGGCCAGUACAAGAUCCUGACCGCUGCACAUUGCGUGGACUUCGUAAAAUCAGUCAGCAGUUUAAAGAUUGCCACCGGCACCAUCCAAGUCAAUGGUGGACAGCUUCAUAAUGUGGCGAAAAUUACCAUCCACCCGCAAUACCUCGGCACGAGGGAAACUGCUUGGAAUAAUGACAUCGCGGUGAUCACGCUCUCGGCGCCGAUUCAGUACAAUCAAUACCAGGCUCCGAUCGCCCUGACCAGCACUAAUCCGAGCGCCGGACAGCAAUGUACCCUUUCCGGAUGGGGUAAGAUCAGCACGAAUGGACCGCUCGCGAACACUCUUCUCAAGAUGAACCAGGCCGUUAUCUCACUUAGCCAAUGCGCGCAAGCUCACUAUGUUAUGCCCUUGACCGCAAGCCACUUGUGUACGCUCAAUCGCUUUGGAAUUGGCGCUUGCCAAGGUGACAGCGGUGGCCCGCUCAUCAGCAACGGCGUGCAGAUCGGUGUUACUUCCUGGGUCCGUCCUUGCGCCCAGGGUGUGCCUGAUGCGUACACCAAUGUCUACACCCAUCUCUCCUUCAUCAGAUCAGCCUGAUGUGUACACCAAUGUCCACCACCGUCUUGGUUUCAUCAGAUCGAGCUAAGAAGCUGCACAAAGACUGUCUAUAAGACAUAAACGACACAGACUUAUUCGACUGAAACGUGAAUUGAUAUCAACGCGCCGAAAGGAUACUUUGUUGCGGUGUCGAAGCACGCAAUGAUGCCGUGGGCCUAUGAAAAAAAUAGAAACACUUCUGUAUUUUGAAAUUAAUAAAUGCAUAAACUCUAUGAUUAAUUCUACCGGAGUUGUUGAUUCGAUUUAAUUGAUAUAUUAAUAAAAGUCUUCUUAGUUUUAUAAUGAUA